AUGAGUGAUAAUCCUAUUCCUUGGGUUUACGCCAAUCAAAAAAAUUAUACUAAUGGUUACGGAAAUAAUAAAUAUUCUGGAGGAAAUUAUAAGAAAUCAUCAAAACGUUCUAAUAAUAAUAAUAAUAAUAAUAAUAAUAAUAAUAAUAAUAAUAAUCAUAAUAAUAAUCAUAAUAACAGAAAAAGUAACCAAAAUCGUUCAAGUUCAUAUCAACUACCGCCAAAAUAUAUUGAAUUUAAUCUAUUAAAUAUUUCUAUUGAUGAAUAUCGUGAAUCGGUCGAUUAUAAUGUUGAUGAUUACAAAUUGAGAUUUCGUUAUAAAUAUUUAGAAGAAGGCAUAUCAAUCUUUUUAAAUGAUAAUAAAUGUAAAAUUUAUAUUCCUGUUGAUAAUAUUGAAGCAAUCUCCAAAAUACAAUCAAAUGCUAUUGUUUUAACCUUGAAAAAAGAUAAAGAUAGAAAAAAUUCGAUUCAUUAUAAUUCAAAGGAAGGUUAUAAUAUAGAUGAUCCUAUCCGUGAAAACUUAUAUAAAGCAACAUCAAUUAGUAUGAUGGCUCAAGAUUCAACUCCUCAACAAGUAAUUGAUAUGACUACUUUACAUAUUCAGUACCUUAUUGAAAUAAAUAACAGGAACAAACCAAGAUUUCCCAUUUCCAAUUGGGGAAGAUUUAACGCAUCAAUUCCAUGUGUUCUAAUGAAAGAAGAUGAAAUCCUUUUAAAAUGUCACGUCGGCCGAGAUAUUCGUAUAUUAAACUUUAUUCUACCAAUUAGAUAUGAAGAAAUAAAACGAAAAAUACAAGAAGCCUUUGGAAUUGCCGAAAUAUCAAAAUUAAAAUAUAAAGAUGAAGAUGGUGAAUUUAUUACAAUUAUUGAUAACGUCGAUUUUGAUACUGCUUCUAAAUUAUAUAAGAGAGAAAAUAAACUUGAAAUUUGGGUUAUUGAAUAA